UUGACAGAUCUGACAGCAUCGCAAAUAAAAUGUGACAGAUUUGCGUGAAAAGGAGUCGCCUCGGCUGCCAAUAAUAUAGUUGUUGUUAUUAAAAGUACCGAUUAAUUGAAAGCUAAUUCCUUUCGUUCCCCCGCUUUGGUUGUCCUGUACGGAUUGCACACAACCGCAGAACCCGCGGUUCGAUUCUAUACCCCGUCGGCCACAAUUGCUUCUUGCACAGUCGGGGUGGAGAGGACGCGGCAGUGCGAGAGCAACAGCAGCAACAGCAGCAGCAGCCACUCUAUUAGCAUAAUUGGCCCGAAACACACAAGUGCAUUUGCGAGCGAAGGGGAGUGUACGAGUGGCGGGGCAGCGAUUGUUGGGUGGAGUAGUGUAUUCCCUCGUCUCGUGUUGAUGCAGAACAUUUUGCUACGAUUUUCGCACUAGGCGGACUGGGCAGAAUCGGACGGGCUUGACGGACGGACGCAAACCCACUCCCCUCCCUCAGUCUAACGCCCAUAUCGGAAGUGGAAGAUAUCGCGCGUUCAUUUCGCGUGUACAGCGAACCGUAGGUGUAAAACAAAAAGAAACCGCAAAAGGCACCUCACCACCGCUGCACCAUGGCAUCCUUCGACGUGUACGAUCGGUCGAGCUGGUACUUCGGGGCGAUGUCACGCCAGGACGCAACCGAUCUGCUGCUGAACGAGCGCGAAAGUGGCGUAUUUCUGGUGCGCGACAGCACAACGAUCGUGGGCGACUUUGUGCUGUGCGUACGGGAAGACUCGAAAGUGAGCCACUACAUCAUCAACAAACUGCCAUCGGGCGAUGAGUGUUUCGUGUACCGGAUCGGCGACCAGACCUUUGCCGACCUGCCGGAUCUGCUGUCCUUCUACAAGCUGCACUAUCUCGACACGACACCGCUGCGCCGGCCGAUGGUGCGCCGGCUGGAGAAGGUCAUUGGCAAGUUUGACUUCGACGGGAGCGAUCCGGACGAUCUGCCGUUCAAGAAGGGUGAGAUUCUGCACAUCAUAAGCAAGGACGAGGAGCAAUGGUGGACGGCGCGGAACGGGGCGGGCCAAACGGGCCAGAUACCGGUGCCGUACGUGACGCGGUACGAGGAAAACAUUAUCGAGCGGCCAAACUCGGGUGGUGGUGGUGGUGGCGGUGCUGGUCCGGGCCAUCAUCACCAUCACCAUGCGCAUCCGGCGACCGGUGGCGGUGGGAUGCAUCAUUCGGAGAAUUCGAACAUUUUCAAAUCGAACCUCAACCGGCAGCUGCCAGCACUGGCGCGUGUUAAGCAGGAGCGCGUCCCGAACGCGUACGACGAGACGGCCCUGAAGCUGAGCGUCGGCGACGUUAUCAAGGUGCUCAAGACGAACAUCAACGGACAGUGGGAGGGUGAGCUGAAGGGCAAGAUUGGCCACUUCCCCUUCACGCACGUGGAGUUUAUUGACGAGUGAACCGGUGCUAGCUGUGCUGGGGGAGGAAAGGUUCCCCUCUCCUGUUUCGUGCUGAUAGAGCGACUUUGCGCACAAACCAUUAUGUGUUAACCGUCUCCGUGAGUAUGUGUGUAUGUGUGUGGUAGUACCGCUUCGGUUAUUUUUAUUAAUUUAACGGAAUUUCUGUUCUUUCGAAACAAAAAACCGACCAGCGUUUCGGUUCGAAACAGAUGUGAACCCCGUGACCCAUCCGGGAGGGGUUUGGCGCCCCUAUUUUGGGGGUACCGGCGGUGCAUGUGUGUGUGAGUGUAUGCUGCUCCAAGUAACUAUAUUUAAUGUGUACAGCUUUGUAUUUAGUCCAGUUUUGUGUGUAAGUCAAAAACAACAACAAUACCCACGAAGGCGCGUGAUGGGAAAGGUAGAAGGGAGGCAGGCAGUAGUAGUAAUGCGCCCACAUCAUCCUGUGUUGUACGUGAACGUUCCGAGUCAUUCAGUUUAAGGUGAUUUUAAUUACAAUUAUAGGCUAUAGUUAUUAUUUGUAAGUAGUACGUUUUUUUCUCUUUUCUUUUGUUGAUGGUGAUGAUGAUGAUUUGCGAUUCCGAGGCAACAAACAACACAAAUUCCAGGCAAAUUUACAGUAGGUUUAGCUUAGCUGCGAGAGAAAAAGAAGAAGAAGCUCCUACUACUGUAGGUAGAUAGGUACGACGACACGCUUAGACACAACACGAGACAGCCUAUAUAGACGAGUAGGGUCAUGACAAGAGAGGGGAAGGGGAGUUUUAUUUACCAGCUUAUUAUAUUACAUUCAAAUGUGUCCCCCCUCUCGUUGCUGUUGUUGUUGUUGUUGCAAGAGGGUUCGCGAUCCAGAGGACCCGAAUCGAUCGAACGCGAUAAGUCAACUAUCGGGAAGAAAGCGAAAAGAAACUCUGUAGAUUUUAAGAUUUAAUUAUUACACUUUUUUAGUGGAUGGGGGGGGGGGAGGGGGGAGUACAUAAACAGCAACAUCAGGGACAGUCGUGUGUUAACACAACACUCUCUCUCACACACUCAGGUCCACUCGUAGCGGACGUAGAACAGGAACCAUGAUGGCAAGAUUUGGCUGGGAAAGAGAGUAUAAAAAACAGCAGUGACCAGUUAGCAGAGAAAUUAGCGGAGAUUUUCGGUUUUAUAGCUUUUGUAUGUACCGACCAAGCAAGUAAAAAGUAGAAGAAUGAGAGGAGCAAGAAAUAUGCGUUGCAAAAGGGGCACAAAAACGGUAGGACAACAGAUAACCGCAUGGAUACGAUUAGCAUAUAGGUGUCCUUCAACUCUUUCUAUCCUCUCUUUCUCUCUCUACCGUGGCCAAACGAUCCCACCAUUCGCAGGCACAAUCGUAUCGCACCGGCCACCCUGCGUUCCACAUGAUCAAGUAGAGUAGAAUGAUUGCAGAUCGCAGGGUUGUCUUUAUGUUUAGUUGAUUGUAGAGCACGUGUAGAGAUGGAUGGCGAUUUCCCCCCAAUUUGAAUACGUUUCCUCAUUAUUAUCGCAUUGAUCUCCUGCUCUCGAACGGCGGAUGUAUGUAGGUGAAUGCAUCGGUUCGGGAUGAUCUUGAAUGUUUUUCCCCUGAAAUGCCCCUCACUCCUUUCCCCGCUCUGUUUCUGUUUUCGGCCCAGUCAACGAACGACGUUUCCCGGUAGAUUAGAGGAGUGUUUCGAUUUAAAAGUAUAUAACAACCAAAAGCAAGUGAGAAACAGGUACCGGUAGCGGUAAAACAAACGCUUUUGCCUAGCACUACUAGUGUGAGAGUGAGAAAAACAAACCACCCCAUGAUGAUGAUGAUGAUGAUGGUCCCAGGCCGUAAACGAUCGUAGGUUGAGCACGGAUCUAGGCGCGGGAAACUGUCACGAAACUGAAGCAAUUUAUUUUUAUAUUAGAAAACGUGUAUGUGUGCGAGUGUACGUGUGACGAAAUGUAAUGUAACGAAGACGAAGCGAUAGCCUCCAGACAGGGCAUGGAUGGAUACGAGGCAAGGAAGAAGAAAGGAAGAAGAUUUCUAUGUUGAAGGCUGUACUAAACACACACAACACAACCCUUGAGUGUGUAUCUCGGGGUGUGUGUGUGUGUGCGUUAGAAGUUGGAUGUGAUUCCAGGGGCAAGAAGCUAAUAUUGUUUCCUGCAAAGAGCCAAACCCAAGUAGAACGAUGACGACGACACCAAAAAAAAAGAGAAAACCCCAUAAUACGAUGUGUCAAAAUGUGCAAUAUAAUAAGAACUGCAAGCAAAUCGAAUCGAAACAGAACUUCCCCCGGGUUUGUUUUUGAGACGGAAGAACGAGUAGUAGCGUCGCCUAUAUAACGAUUGUGCAAACGGUAACAACACGACCCCUUAAGUGCAGUAUAGAUAGUAUACACCAAAAUAAUAGCAAAGAAAGGAGUAAUCCAGCAAAGAAAACAACCCGCAGCAGCAGCAGCUGAAAACCCCCUCAACACCAACUCCAUUUCGCCCGUGUGUUGCUAGUGGAGAGUUUGGGCGAAUCCGGACCGACCAGCUAAAAUAGAACCGACCGCGAGCGAAACAAUCGCAUACAGAAUAUAUAUGACGAAAACAAAAACAAAAACAAACAAAAAUAUUAUAUUUACCAAAUACAUAAGUAGCAGAAAAGAAAAAAAAAAGAAAAACAACCGGAAACCUACACUUACACAACGCAAAAUGCUAUAAAAUUUAACAAACAAAGCCAAUGCAAACGAAAGAAACAAAAAAAAAAAAACAAGAAAACGGUAUCAAUAUUCAAACACAUACUUUGCGAAACAAUUUAGCUUGAAAAACAAACUAAAUCACACACCCUUAAAAAAGAUACAAAAUCAUAAUCGAACAAGAUAGGAACGAUCCUCAAAAAGAAAAGAAGAAAAAAAAACAGGCAGCCAAAUCGGCACGUUUGUUCAAGAAAAGAAAACAAAACCAGAACAAAAACAAAAAAACGCUAUAAUGUAUGUAUAACUCUCUAUCUCCCUUCUCUCGGAACAGUUUUGGGGUUGUGUUUGCGAAAUAAAAAAAAAAAACAACAACAUAUAUAUAAAUAUAGUUCGUAAGUCGAAGAAGCUGCAGAGGAGGAGAGGUCACCUAUAAGUUAUCCCUUAGAGCUCCUGGAUGAGAAGUGAAAACCUAAGCAAGAAAAGAAAAGAAGAAAACAACGGUUUAGUAGAAGAGGAAACGAUAAUGCAUUUUAUGCAUAAAAGCGAUGAAGAAAAAAGGAAACAAAAGAAAACAACAACAUUCUCGAAUGCAACAAAAAGCAUGUAUUUGUAUAAAAGAGAAACGAAGCGAGAGGAACAGCGAUAGAAGAAUGGAAGGAAAAAUAUAGUUCUGUAUUGUAUCUUUGCAAAGUUAAA